AUGGCCUGGUCAAAGUCAUUCAUUCUUUUGCUUGCUGCUUCAGGCAUUGCUAGUGUUCAGGCUGGACCUUGUAAGCCCCGUCGCUUGCCGACUUAUACUGUACCAUCUUACAGUGUACCAACAUAUCCUGUUUCCCAGUCUUCUACCACCAAGACUGGAACUCUCGUUUCUUCAACUACCACUGGUAGUUCUACUAGUUCCCGUGGCCCAACUUUGGACUCGAGCACUACGUCUUCCACUCAUUCCAAGACCUCUACUACUGAGCCUCCUAUCUCUAUCAGUACUGAAAAGUCUUCAACUACCUCUCAUGGAUCCUCCAUGAGCACCACAACUACACCAUGUAGCACAUCUUCCAUGCCUUCUGUAUACUCUGUCACUACCACAACCAACAGCCACAUCGCAACAUCCAAGGACACUUCAAGCAUCACUAAGGAAACCUCUACCACAACAGAGGGCAAAACUUCCACUCUUUCAACAACUACCAGUGCCUACAGCACAACCCAACAGACUUCUACUACAUCUACUCCAUGCUCCAGCAGCACUGGAACUUCUACACUCUCUACAACUUCCGGGGCUUCGUCCACGUCACAUACAGAAACCAAGACAUCUGAGACUACGAGCGUGACUACCGCUUCAUUCACUACAAAGUCUGAUUCAACAACGGAGUCGACUUCUUCGGACUUCCAUAGCAGCUCAUCUUCAAUGAGCACCACUGUCACACACGACACCACAGCUUCUUCAAGCACUACCUCCGAGACAUCUAAAGCAUCCUUAGCUACAAGUGAGGCUUCCUCCACUACAGAAAGCUCAUCUACAUAUGAGACAACAGAAUCUUCGGGAACUACUUCGCCUUGCUCAACUUCCGAUAGUUCAGUAUCAUCUGGAAGCUCUACAGCCCCUACUAGUGAGACUACAGCUUCCGAGUCUUCAGUUACCUCAGAGACAUCAACUUCUUCGGUGCCUUGCACAUCUUCGACGAUACCAUCUGAGUCUUCCGCCAGCUCAACAAGCGAAACAAGUAGUUCUGCUGUUUCAACUCCUACACCCUGGACAACCGCAACAGUGUCUUCCGAGACCUCUUCUGCUUGGACAUCAAGUGAAACUAGCACUUCUGCUACUUUAGCCUCGGAGUCUUCAAGUUCAACAACUUCUGGAGCUUCCUCCAGUACCACCCCAUGCGAGAGCUCUCCUUCUACUGUCUCCAGCACAAUAUCUCUUUACGAAUCUUCUAGCACUACAACACCUUGCGAAAGUACCACCACGCCUGGUUCAUCCACCACAUCUUAUGAGUCAUCAACAUCGUCACCAUGCUCAACUUCCACAGUUAGCUCCGAGUCUUCGUCAAGCUCAUCAACAUCUUCAUCUUCCACUACUCCAUGCACAACCCCAUCUCCUACAACGUUCUCAAGCCCAACCUCCACCAAGUGCUCGACAGCCACAUCUCCUCCCCCACGACCAACUUGCUUCCGCUACACUAUUCGUAAGGAUCCACCUCAGGCUGCUGACUGCGGCCACUCCGGUCAUCGUAAUGGAAAGAAAGCAAAGGUCCUUGGAUACGGCGACUCAGAUAGUGUGGAGGCAUGUGGAGAGAGCUGUGCCAAGUUUGAUGGCUGCAAAUCUGUCGUUUACGGUUACAGAGAGCAUGACUUGAACCAACCUUUCUGUGAAUUCGUUGAUGCGGUUCAAGGGCGUGAUGACGAGGAUGAUACCCCUUGGCAGUGGUACGACUUGUCUUGUUUCAACCCGGACUGUCUUCCUCCAAAUGAGUGUGGGUAUUAG